ACUGGUUUGUCUGUUUACACCAUUGUCGACUCAUAAACGGUCUAAUCUCUCUUAAUCUAUCGCACCCCCUCUUAUAAGUCACUCAAAUCCUUCCCCUUUCCCUAUUUCCAAAAUUAUCCAGCAACAGUAUUUGAUGAAUCUACAAAAAAAAAUUAGGGUUUUCACCUCUUCGUGGAGCUGCCGACGUGGUUUUCCUUUGGAUCUCGAUGCUCAAUUCCGAUGAGAUUUUAGCGAAAUUCCACCACACAUUCCUUGGGCUUCAUCUCAAGGAUGGCAUACUUAUUUUUUUUAUAGACCGAAAUCCAGUUCCCUGUUAAUAAGGGAUACCUAAUAUGCUUCCCGAUGAAGGGAUUUGUUACAACGUCAUGAAUGAGUUACUGCACUCACUUUCUUAUGUUGAAGGAAUCCGAUAUAAGAUAGGCGACGGGGAUGAUGGAAACUUGAUGGAGGAGUUUCAAGUAAUCCAACUUAAAUUUUGAUAUUCAGAUGGGUGCUACGACAAAUAUUAUCGUAGGUUCCGAAGUAUGGGUUGAAGACCCAUCAGUUGCUUGGAUAGAUGGAGAGGUGUUAAAAAUAAAUGGAGAGGAAGUUGAGAUCCAAACUACUGAUGGGAAGAAAGUUGUUGCGAAUUUAUCAAAAAUAUAUUCCAAAGAUGUGGAAGCGACUGCUGGUGGAGUUGAUGACAUGACCAAGCUUUCUUAUUUGCAUGAGCCUGGAGUGUUGCAAAAUUUAGCUACCAGAUAUCAGCUGAAUGAAAUAUAUACAUAUACUGGCAACAUCCUUAUCGCUGUUAACCCAUUUAAAAGAUUGCCCCUCUUGUAUGAUGAUAAAAUGAUGCAACGCUACAAAGGAGCAGCAUUUGGGGAGCUAGAUCCUCAUGUUUUUGCAAUUGCAGAUUCUGCUUUUAGGGCAAUGGUGAAUGAAGGAAAAAGCAACUCGAUCUUGGUCAGUGGUGAAAGUGGGGCAGGUAAAACUGAGACUACUAAAAUGCUUAUGCAAUAUCUUGCCUUUUUGGGUGGUCGUAAAGGCACUGAAGGAAGAACUGUUGAACAGCAAAUUCUUGAAUCGAAUCCAGUUCUGGAAGCCUUUGGGAAUGCAAAAACUGUUAGAAAUAACAACUCCAGUCGUUUUGGUAAAUUUGUUGAGAUUCAGUUUGAUAAACAAGGGCGAAUAUCUGGAGCAGCCAUCCGCACAUACCUUCUAGAAAGAUCUCGUGUUUGCCAAAUUUCAGAUCCUGAACGCAACUAUCACUGUUUCUAUCUUCUCUGUGCAGCACCUCCAGAGGAGAUUAAGAAAUAUAAACUGGGAGACCCUAAGUCAUAUCGGUAUCUGAAUCAAUCAAAGUGCUAUGAGCUUGAUGAUGUAAGCGAUGCCCGUGAUUAUCUUGCCACAAGGAGAGCCAUGGCAGUUGUUGGGAUGAAUGAAAAGGAACAGGAUGCAAUUUUCAGAGUUCUGGCUUCAAUUCUCCAUCUUGGAAAUGUUGAAUUUUCAAAAGGGAAAGAGGUUGAUUCCUCCGUCCUCAAAGAUGACAAAUCCAAAUUCCAUCUUCAGACAACAUCAGAGUUGCUAAUGUGUGAUUUUAAUGAACUGGAAGAUGCACUGCUGAAGCGUGUGAUGGUUACCCCUGAAGAAGUUAUCAAGAGAAGUCUUAAUCCUGAGGGUGCAUCUGUUAGUAGAGAUGGUCUCGCAAAGACCUUAUAUUCCCGCUUAUUUGACUGGUUAGUGGAAAAAAUUAAUGUGUCGAUUGGGCAAGAUCCAAAUUCAAGAUAUCUGAUUGGGGUUCUUGACAUAUAUGGUUUUGAGAGCUUUAAAUCUAAUAGUUUUGAACAAUUUUGUAUUAAUUAUACUAAUGAGAAGCUGCAGCAACAUUUCAACCAGCACGUAUUCAAGACUGAGCAAGAGGAAUAUACCAAAGAAGCAAUCGACUGGAGCUACAUAGAGUUUAUAGAUAAUAAGGAUGUUCUAGAUCUUAUUGAAAAGAAACCUGGUGGGAUUAUUGCACUACUUGAUGAGGCCUGUAUGUUUCCCAAGUCGACUCAUGAAACAUUCUCACAGAAGCUUUAUCAGACAUUCAAAUCUCAUCAACGGUUUUUCAAACCAAAACUGUCUCGCACUGGUUUCACCAUUGCUCACUAUGCAGGAGAGGUUCAAUAUCAAUCUGAGCAGUUUCUAGACAAAAACAAAGAUUAUGUUGUUCCGGAACAUCAAGAUAUGUUGACUGCUUCCAAGUGCCUUUUUAUAUCAGGCCUUUUCCCUCCAUUGGCUGAGGAGACAACCAAAUCAUCAAACAAAUCUUCUAAGUUCUCAUCGAUUGGUUCUCGCUUCAAGUUACAACUUCAGCAGUUGAUGGAAACUUUGAAUUGCACAGAACCCCACUAUAUCAGAUGUGUGAAGCCAAAUAAUUUUCUUAAGCCUGGCAUCUUUGAGAAUGUCAACAUUAUGCAACAAUUACGUUGUGGGGGGGUUCUAGAAGCAAUUCGCAUCAGCUGUGCUGGCUAUCCUACUCGCAAGAGUUUUUCUGAUUUCGUUACCAGAUUCAGCAUUCUUGCUCCCGAGGUUAAAAGUGAGAAUUAUGAUCCGAAGGUUGCCUGCAAAAAGAUCCUGGCCAAAUCAGGGCUUCAGGGAUAUCAGAUAGGGAAAACCAAAGUUUUUCUUAGAGCUGGUCAGAUGGCUGAAUUAGAUGCACGAAAAGCACAGAAGCUUAGCAGCACAGCCAAGAUUAUACAAAGACAGAUAAAAACUUACAUUGCUAGGAAGUAUUUUCUUGCUUUGAGGAAGUCUGCUAUUGUCUGGCAGUCAUUUUGCAGAAGAAAGCUUGCAUGUAACGUGUAUCAACACAUGAAAAACAAUGCUGCUACACUUAAAAUACAGACGUUCUACAGGCGACACCUGUCAAUGAAGACCUAUAACAAACUCAAGCUGUCAGUUGUCCUCUUCCAGGCACGUCUGCGUUCAAUGGUUGCUAGUAAACAUCUCAGAUUCAGAAAACAAAGCAAGGCAGCAACUCGUUUACAAGCCCACUGGCGUGGUUAUAGAGACUCUUCAUACUAUAAGAAACUGAUAAGUGCAGCAGUUGUUACACAAUGUAGGUGGAAGGGGAGAAUUGCUAGGAAAGAGCUUCGGAGACGAAAGAUGGCGGCAAAGGAAGCUAGUGCACUCCAACUAGUGAAAGAUAAUCUUGAAAAACAAGUGGAAGAGCUCACAUCGCGUUUAGAGUCAGAAAAACGCUUGAAGAUUGAGUUGGAAGAAGCAAAAGAUCGGGAAAUUCUCAAAGUGAAGAGCUCCCUGAAAGCCAUGCAAAAAGACGUUGAUGAAGCAAAAUUAUUACUUGUAAAGGAACGAGAGUCUACACAGAAAGCAAUUCAAGAAAAAGAUCAGGAGCUUUUGAAAUUACAGAACUCCCUGCAAGCCAUGCAGAAUAAAGCUGAUGAAACAAAUGCAUUGCUUUCCAAGGAACGUGGUUCUGCCCAGAAAGCAAUUCAAGAAGCCAAAGAAGCAAAAGAUGAGGAAAUUUUGAAAUUGCAAAACUGCUUGCAAGCCAUGCAGAGUAAAUUUGAUGCGACGUAUGAAUUGCUUGUUCAGGAACGUGUGUCUGUAGAGAGAGCAAUUGAAGAAGCCACAAGGGAAAAAGUUCAGGAAAUUCUGGAAUUACAGAACUCCCUGAAAUCCAUUCAGAAUAAAUUCGAAGAAACAAAUGCAUUGCUUCUCAAGGAACGCGAUUCUACACAGAAAUCAAUUCAAGAGGCAAAAGAAGCAAAAGAUCAGGAGAUUCUGAAUCUGCAGAACUCCCUGCAAGCUAUGCAGAGUAAACUCGAUGAAACAAAUGUGUUUCUUGUGAAGGAACGUGAGUCUGCACAGAAAGCAAUCGAAGAAGUAAAAGCAGCAAAAGAUGAGGAAGUUCUGAAUUUGCAAAACUCCAUGCAAGCCAUGCAGAAUAAAAUUGAUGAAACAAAUGCAUUGCUUGUUAAGGAACGGGAGUCUGCACGGAAAGCAAUUGAAGAAGCAUCCUCAGUUGUCAAAGAAAUUCCAGUCCGUGUAGAAGACACACAAAAGAUUGCUAGUUUGACUUCAGAAGUUAAAAACUUGAAGGCUUUAUCAGAGUGGGAAAGACAAAGGGCAGAUGAAUCUGAUAGGAAGUGUAGUGAAGCUCUGGAAUCAAGUGAGUAUAAGCGGAUGCAGUUAGAAGAAACUGAAAGAAGAGUGCUUCAACUCCAGGAAUCUUUGGAUAGGCUGGAGGACAAGCUGGCUGACAUUGAGUCACAUAAUCCAGGUCUUCAUCAGCAGCAGGGUUCAUCAUCACCACUGCCACAGAUUAAGAAACUCCAGGAAGGACACUCAAGGUCCUUUAAGGAUCGACAUAGCUGUGCCAGUGCAACACACUCGAGAGAAAACUCGGAUGUAGAGGAGGGAGUAAAGAAGUGUGGUGAUGAUCAGAAACAGGAAUGCCAGGAUCUGGUGAAUCGAUGCAUUGCACAACGGAUGGGAUUUCCCAAUGGCAGACCCAUUGCUGCUUGCAUCAUAUACAAAUGUCUAAGGAAAUGGCGAUCCUUUGAAGCCGAAAAAACCACCAUUUUUGAUCGCAUAAUCCAAGCCAUAGGCCGAUCCAUUGAGGCACAAGACAACAGUGAUGUUUUAGCUUAUUGGUUAUCCAAUGCAUCAACACUGCUGCUGCUGUUACAGCAUACACUCAAAGCUAGUGGGGAUCAGCCACAACAUCGGCGCCCAAGAUCAGGUCCUCUACUAGUAAAGAGGAAUCAGAGCUUUCGUGGAAGUGGAAGUGGAAGUCCUCGUGGUGUAGCCAUUUCUAUAAACGAUAUUGGUGAUAGCUCGCCUGGCGGAAGCCAGCAGCUUGAACCCAAAUACCCUGCUUUGCUUUUCAAGCAGCAACUCACAGCAUAUGUUGAAAAAACAUACGGCUUGAUACGCGAUAAUUUAAAAAGAGAGAUAUCUCCAUUACUUGGCUUGUGCAUUCAGGCGCCAAGAAUAUCCAAAGCAAACUUGUCAAAGGGGGCAGCUCGUGCACUAGCAACUGCUGCUUCUCAUGAGAUUUUGCUUGCUCAGUGGCAAGGAAUCGUCACAAAAAUUGGAUGCUUGUUAAACACACUCAAGGCUAAUUUUGUACCUUCGUUUUUGAUUCGCCAAGUGUUCACGCAGAUAUUCGCUUUCAUCAACGUCCAGUUAUUCAACAGCCUUCUACUGAGACGUGAAUGCUGCUCUUAUAGUAAUGGAGAAUACGUGAGAUCAGGAUUGGCUAUAUUGGAACUCUGGUGCCUCAAGGCAACCGACGAGUAUGCUGGAUCGGCUUGGGAUGAGCUGAAGCACAUACGACAAGCUAUUGCAUUCCUGGUUACCCAGCAAAAGCCAAAGAGGACGCUGCAUGAAAUAAGUUAUGAUCUGUGUCCUAUGCUUAGUAUACAACAGCUAUACAGAAUCAGUACAAUGUAUUGGGAUGACAAAAAUGGCACGCAUAGCCUUUCUCCUGAAGUUAUUUCUAACAUGAGGAUCCUAAUGACCCAAGAUUCCAAUAAUGCCAUCGCCAACAACUCCUUCUUGCUUGAUGAUGAUUCAAGCAUACCGUUCUCGACAGAUGAGCUGACAAGAUCAAUGGAUCCGAUUGGUGUAUCGGAUAUUGACCUCCGCUCCUUCGUUUCAACUCCGGUUUCAGUCUCUUGCAGUGUCCUAGGUAGCGAUUCUUUUGUAUGAUUAAUUAGCUUUAGUUAUUAACUUAUUAUAAGCUGUAGUACAGUUGUGUUGUGUAAUCAAUUAAUAGGGGUUUUGAAUUUCUAACCACACACAUCCCACUCGUAUACUAUUUCCAGUUUUGUAGAUCCUUAUAUCUAGCCACUUGAUAAAACUUCUCUACAGUUCAUUGUCAAUACUAAAUAGCCAUGACCCUAUAUGUGCUUUGUCAUGACUCUUGAAUUUCUACAUCUUGAAAUUUUAUGAUAGAUAAAAAAAUACAUAAAAAUAACUAGUGUAGUCACCUAGCUAGGGGUUUAUACGAGCCUAGCCAAGCUCGUUUCAAACCUUAAAUUUUUGGAACUCCGGCUUGGCUAGCUCAUGUAUGUUUUAGAAAUCCGAGGUUGGCCCAAGUUAAAAAAACCAAAAAUGAAAAACCCCACCUCUAUUUGACAAGACUUAAGGGGGUGUUUGGGAUUUACCAACUAAAAGAUCACUAACCUGUAAAAUGCCAUAUUUGACAAAAAA